AUGACUGCCAGAGGGCGCACCGGAGAUGCCGGUGCUAUAUCAGAAGCCGAAUUCGAAGAUUCUUUUUCAAAGAUUCCACAGAGCAUGGUAGGGUUUUUUUUGUAAAAUAAGUAUUUUCUUCUUACUUUUUUAGAUUUUUUAUUAUUUUUAAAAUUUUUUAGCCGGUUCAUCGUGAUUUAGAGCAAAGAUUCCAAGCAAUAGCCAAAGCUCUUCAAAAUGAAGCUGACAAUUGGAGUGUUACCUGCAAUGCUGUGAGUAUCAAGUUUUAUACUAUAAUACUAAUAACAAGAUUAAUUUUUUUAAUUAAGCAUUUUUUGCAAAAAAAUAAAAUUUUAGGUAAUAAAAAUGUAAAAUACGACUAUGCUAACAAUAUAAAUUUAAAAAAUGAUAAUAUAACUUAAAUCAUAUAAAUUCUAGCUAAUCGAACUCAGAUCGAUAGUAAAGUACGGUGGCUUGGAUGGAAAAACCAUUGCCCAGAAGCUGAACAAUAUACAAGAUGAACUUCGACAGUCGGUGAGAUCCCUACGAUCACAAGUGGCUCGAGAUGCGUGUAUUACUGUGGCGUAUGUUGCUCAACAUAUUGGAAUGGACUUUAAGAACCAAGCUGAAAGCUUAGUACCAGAUUUGCUGAAAAUGAGUGGACAGUCGACUAAAAUCAUGGCUACAAGUGGAGUUACCGCCUUGAGGUAUAUUUGUAAGGUGAGUUUUUCAUACUUUUGAUGUAGUUUGUUACCUAAUUAUAGGUUUUGCUUAGGUUUAGUGUUUUAAAAAGUCUCGGCCAAGACUAAAAUUUUAAUUUUGCAGCCGCGACAUACUUAAAAUUCGAAGUGUCAAAAUUGCCUAUAAUUAUUGAUUCUUGUAUUUUUCUUUAUAUUUUUUGCUUUCAGAACAUUAAAAACCAUGCCAUGCUACAAAUGCUGUUCGAAGAGCUUAAAAACAACAAAAGCAAGUUGAUAAGGUCUACAAUAUGCCUAUUAUUGUUGAAUGUGGUUGAGGAGUGGCCAGAAGAGUUGUUACAAAAGAACGCUCAAUUGUUGUACCAAGCUUUGGAAAAGGGUUCUACUGAUGCUGAUGCUACUGCCAGAAAGUACUCAAGAGACGGACUUCAGAAGGCCGAAGCUAAAGUCACUGGAGUAAGGUUUUCUAUUGAUUUUUUUGGUUUUUUAGGUAACAAGAUGCAGUUUAUUUGGCUUAUAUUGGACUUUUUUUGGAUGUUUUGGUUAUAUUGUAGUAGAUCUGAAGAUCGCAUCUCACAUUACUGGAUAACAACUUAACAUCUUACGGUUUUUUACUCUAAAAUAUAUUGCUUUAGUUCUCAGCGAUGUGUACCUCACGUGCUAUACCUGCAUCAAGAGGAAGGACAGCUCAAUCAAGUUACAUUCCUAUGCGUGCCACAUCAGAUAUGACGUCACAUCAAAUUAGGAAGCCGUUUUCAGCGGCUUCUAACAGAGUACCAAUAAGUCAACGGAAACCAAGUAAUCCUUCUUUGGCAUCAGCUACUAACUGUCCUCCUAAAAGUCAACGUAAGGCAGUUUUUAUUGAAAAUUUUGAACAAAAUAAAAAUGAAUUUUAAAAUUUUAGAAUAUUUAUAAAAAUGCCAUUUUAAGCACUACAUAAUCAUUUUUAGCCGGAAGCAGAAACGCCUCACCGAAGCGUCGACAAUUCCCAACUCCGAUCCAGCCGUCGACGAGCAGUUCAGCUAUUCGAUCUCGAGUUCUAAAUGAACGACGAAUGGAUAACAAUCCGGCCGCUGUACCACCAAAGCCAACUAAUGGUGAUCUGAAGGGACGACAGACGACGAGACAAAUCUCUGAACCCAAGAUUCCUCAAGUUAGACAGAUGAGGUCGCCUUCACCACCGAAGAAUGGUCACGAUGUGAGUUUUAUAAAUGUUUAACAGCUUCAAAUAUUAUAAAAAAUAUAAAUUUAAGUUGAAAAAUUUUGUAUAUUAACCUAGGUUUAUAUAGCAAUCGUUUUUAAUGCCUUAAAGCUAACAACCAUAUUAUAACGCUUAAGGAUAGUUUUAUAUUGGCUUUUAUACGCUUGUUAAGAUAAAUUAAUGUUUUCCUCAUAAGGUUUUGAUAUUUUACUUUACAGGUUGGUCGUCGUACUCCAUCAAAUCUUCGGCAACCUUCAGCACCAAUAACUCCGAAAAUGAAUACUCCAGUUUACCGACCCCAACCUCGAGUAAUUAGUCAUACGACAGAACAAAACGGAUCACAAGAUGUGCAAACGCUGCUGGCUAACACUGAAAUGAGACAUGAUGGAAGGUAAAACAUUAAAUUGUUUUAGGUUAUACUAAUGUGUAGGUUGAUAUGUAUGGUGCACUAUAUUGUUUUUACUAUACUUUUUAAUAUUCUAUAGCAGCUAGUUUAAUUAAAUUGAAGGUUUGAAGUUUUAAAUACAACUUCGAAUUGAAAUUUUAUAUUUUAGCCCAUCGUCGACCCGUACAGUCCGUGAAUCCCUAGACCAGCUAACCCGUAUGGUCAACGAUCAUAAGAUUCCUCAGCUCGACUACUACUUGCCUCAACUAUUCACCAGAUCACUAGAAAUAGCCAAGGAUACAGAUGCAGAAGGUAUUGUCAGAUGUGCAGCUGUAAGGUUGCUCAAAGCUUUGGUCAAGAACGCCAAAGGAAUCACGCCAAAAGUGAACACAUUGAUCACCGAGAUUGUUAGUUUGGAGGAAAACGAGCUGCCAUUACAUAAAGAGAUUGAGGAUUUGUUUGUAGAGAUUAGCAAUUCAUGUCCUGUCAAUGCUGUGUUACCUAUUCUAUUGAAUUUGGUCAGAGCUACGAAGACGAGUGAUCCGACAAACAAAGUUAGAGCUACUCUACAGUUGCUACCGUAUGUUCUACACAAGACGGAUACGAUUAUGGUGGAAGGGCUGGUGGAUGAUAUUGUGCCGGUUUUGAGACAGGUAGGGUUAGGUUUUGGUUGGUUUGUAUCGGCAUUAGUUUGUUUUGCUUUUUGUUAAUUUUGGUUGUCUAUAACGAGACUAAAAAGGUUUUUUUUAAUUGAUUUCAAAAUUUAAAAUUAAAAAAAUGUUUCUAAAAUACGCGUGAAGUAUGAUGGUCAUAUGAUAAGCCUUACUUUCAGAUCUACGAGAACUCGACAGUAACAGGAGUACGUCGCGACGCCGUUAUCUGCAUGAUCGUGUUCAAGAACAAGGUCGGCAUCGAACGAAUACAACAAAGACUGAACGCAAACCUCGUAAAACUGGUAGAAGCCUAUGCUACGCGACGUCAUCUGGCUAUUUUCAAUUAA